GUCCGUCCCAUCUCGUAUCUGAUUCUUCAUGUCUUAGUUCACAAGAUAUGUCCAGCUUCGUACAUCAGAAGAGGAUAGCAGCAAACGAAAACGAUUGAAGGAACUAACUCUCUUCACAUAGCCGGGCCUUUUUCCUUCUCCAUCAUUGUUGCCGCUGGGGAGAUAUACAUCUUCACUUGCAGCAAAAAUGGCCGACCCUGAAUUGGAAGCUAUCAGGCAGAGAAGAAUGCAGGAGCUUAUGGCUCAGCAUGGUGUGGGAAAUAAUCAAAACUCAGAGCAGCAAAAAGCUCAGGACGAUGCUAAGAGGGAGGCUGAAGAGCGGAGACAAAUGAUGCUGAGCCAAAUUCUGACAUCUGAAGCACGAGAAAGACUCGCUCGAAUUGCAUUGGUGAAACCUGAGAAAGCUAGAGGAGUUGAAGAUGUUAUUCUGAGAGCUGCACAGUCGGGUCAGAUCGCUGAAAAGGUUUCUGAGGAGAGGCUCAUAUCAUUGCUUGAGCAAAUCAACACUCAAACCACUAAACAGACAAAAGUUACGAUUCAGAGACGUCGGAGUGUUCUUGAAGACGAUGAUUAGCAUGUCUGCAGCCUUGGAUUCUUAUGCCCCAUCCUUCCGCUUGGUUUUCCUGCCAUGUUACCUGGUAGCAUUUCAAUCUUAUGCCUACUCUGCCCUGGUUUUCCAGUCUGGUUGUUGUAAAUUUGAAUAGAUCUAGAAUAUUAUUGUCCAAGUUGAGAGAGUAAUAUUUGUCAUUUUAAAUCUUUAAUCUGAGUGCCUCCUGUACUUAGAUUGUCGAGUCUCCAGUGAACUAUUUGCACCUCGACAUGGAUGUAUAAACAUAUGUCACCAGUUUCACUUGUGAUUCGUUGCACUUGCAAUGGGGAGGUUGGAAAUCAGAUGCUUCAGCAUCAAAUGAUAUCCGAGGCAGAUUUUCAUGCUAAA